AUGUGGAAACGUUUCUUUCUCUCUGUUGCAGCAGUUGCUGCUCAGUGGGUAAACCCAACUUCUCGUCAGUCUGAUUCUUCGUUAGAGUCUUCUGAUGAGAUAUACCAGGGAAAAGUGGAAACAGGCAUGUCCUUCGGUUCUCCUCCACAGCCCAUAAAUGCUUCAUUAAACAUGGACUACUCUUUCAUUUGUUUAUCACCCUCGAUCGGCUUCAAGAAUGGUUCUUACUACGAUAUGCCAGACAAUGUCACUGAGGAAGCAACUUUCUUUCCUUUUGAAGAUGACCCUGUGCUUGGCCAAGAGAGAAUUGAAAUUGGGGGCUUUGAACUCGAAGACUUCAGCGCCACAGUCGAUCCUUUCGGUGGAGAUCCAAUCGUUGGUCUCGGAUUAUCUAGCUUGAUAGAAGUGACAUCCCCACUCGAUUCGUUAGUGAACUCUGGCUACAUCAAAAGUAGGUCUUUCUCUUAUGGAAUUACCCUGGGCCAACAGGACGUUUUAUUUGGAGCUAUCGACCACGGCAGAUAUCAGGAGCCUCUUCGAAAGUUCAAAAUGUUUAAUUAUUUAUCUACUGGUUUAAAUGGCAUAGGACCAACUAUUCUUUUGGACGGCAUGGCAGCUAAUAACUUUCUGAUUUCCAGCCAAACUGUAGUGACGCUUAACGGAGACACUAUAUUCCAGCCAGAUUAUUACGUUGCUUUACUUGAGCACUUCAAUGCCACAUUCGACAUAAAGCAACUAUUUAUCCAGACGCCACUAAUAUCAUGUCUGUACAUGAACCUGACAGAAUACUUUUCCAUAUACUUCAGUGGAGAGGAGUACAGAAUUCCCGAAAAGAAUUUCAUUUCGUACUUCACAGACUCUCAAGGCAAUGUUACAGGAUGUAAACUAUCUGGAGAGUUGGCAAGAAUUGACCAGAGUCCCCUGUUAAGUUUUUCAAUAUUUUUCAAUGACAGUUACAUGAUAGUGGACUACGACACAGAAGAGAUCGGCUUUGCCCCAUUGGCUUCUGAAUCGAGAUCUCAGAAUAUUGAGGUAAUCUCCACAGGUGUCCCACUGGCAACUCCAGCGCAGUAUUUUAACUACACCACCGCUUGGGAAUACCUGCAAAGAAUAUUGGGUUCUACUGUGGAAUUCAUUUACACACUGGCUCAUCCAACUUACCCAAUGUACACGGGAAGACGCCUUAAGGAAAGCGCUACUGAAUCAUUUAACACUGCAUCUACUCACACCAUUAAACAGACAGCUACGACAAGCCCAUCAUUUGAAUCAAUCUCUCUGGAAAAGCCUUCUUCGUCCAAGGCCAAUAACAAUGAUACAAAGCCGUCCUCGUCUUCUAAAGGUCUUGCUGAAAAGCAAACGUUACCUGGUAGUCUCACCCUUUUCUUUGCAUCUUGUAUCGGUGCUUUAAUGAUGAUUUAA